AUGGGGGCCCACCACCUAGAUGACCUGCAGCUUUUCCUACAGUGCGAUAGGGCAGACGGUCUCUCCCUCUUUGACCUCACUUUUGGUGCCUCUUCUGCCCCUGCUGCUGAUGCUGACGCCACUAUUCGCUCACAGUGGGCCACGCGCGAUGCUGCUGCACGUCUUGCUGUGCGUCGCCACCUGCCUACCUCUGAGCGUGCGCACUUUAGCCAGUACAAGAGUGCUCAGACCUUGUACGACGCUGUAGUUGCAUGCUACUCCUCCCUUGCCACUGCUGCACUGAGCCGCCUCAUGCUACCGUACCUCUUCCCUGACCUUGCUACCUUUCCCACUGUCGCUGACCUCAUUACGCACCUCCGCACUAGUGACACUCGCUACCGCGCUGCACUUCCUGCUGAGUUCUGCGCCAAGACCCCCCCCCCCCUAUUUUGCCCCACCACUCUCUCCGUUGACCUCCUCGAGAAGGCCCUCCUAGCAGAAGAGAAGAUCAUAGUCGCUGUAGGAGCCUCUCAUGGUGACCCUCGAACCCCCGUCUUUGAGGGGUGUUCUCCCUCCCCCCUCUUACCCUCUGUUGCUUCUGCUGCUGCGGCCGACCUUGUUAGUUUCGAGUCGGUUAGCGCUGCGUCUGCCCCUUUGGGUAAGCGCCGCACAGGCAAGGGCAAGGGGGGCAAGGGCGCUGGAGGAGCUGGCGGGGGCGGUGGAGGUGGCGGUGGAGGCGGUGGAGGGGGUGGGGGUGGUGGUGGGAGUGGUGGCGGGGGUGGAGGUGUCGGUGGCGGCAGUGGAGGCGGAGGCGGAGGCGGCGGUGGCGGUGGGAGCGGAGGUGGCGGAGGUGGCGGCGGAGGAGGAGGCGGCGGUGGAGGAGGCGGAGCUGGUCGGGGUGGCGCUGCGCAGAGGGUCGGCUCCGGUGGUGGUCAGCACCAACAGCAGCAAAAGCAGCGCACUUUUGACAUCCCCCCCCCUCAACAGCUCCGUGAGUGGUACGCUGCACGCCAGCGGGGUGGGGGUACUGGUCCGUGCCCCUACGUCCUACGCACCGGCGACCGCGCGGGUGAGCAGUGCGGGGGUGCGCACUCCACCCAGCGCUGCUUUGGCCGCCUUAUGGACGCUUGGCGUCACCAGUUCCCUGAGGCGACUGAGAUCCCUCGCUGGGGCGAGCUGUCUAGGGCGGGAGUAGCUAUCUUUGACCUUGAAUUUGAUUCUAUUCUUGCUGCCAUGUAUGCUGUGACUAUUAGUGAUAAGGGUGACUGUUACCGGUGCUUUCCGCCCGACUCGGGCAUUGAGACUACUGCUCUAGGUACUGGUGUGGUUGCUGCUCUAGGUGCUAGCGAGGCUACCACUCUAGGUGCUAGUGAGUCUGCUUCCUCAGGUUCUGUCCUCCCGUGUCCGUCGGCUCCCUCUGGCACCCUGUCUGGUCUUUACCUCCCCUCGUUCUCUACGAACUUGUUGAGUGGUGCUGACCUACAGGAUGGGGGAGUGCACCAGUUCACUCCUACGAGCCAGCGGGUAGCCGUGUCGGGUAAGGUGUUUGCUGCAGCGUCCAGGUCUGUUCCUGAGUCUGCCCCCUGCUCGUGUCGUCUCCUUUCUCACGAGACUCUGCUUUGGCACCACCGCCUUGGUCACCCCUCCCUGCCUCGUCUCCGAGGCAUGGCUUCCCGUGUCCUUGUCUCUGGUCUUCCCCGGUCCCUCCCUCCCCUUCCCCUGGGGCCUGCCCCUGCUUGCGUCCCCUGCGUCGAGGGGCGGCAGCGUGCUGCACCUCACUCCUCCCAGUUUUCUCCAACAGAGGCCCCGCAGCAGACGCUUCACAUGGACGUGUGGGGCCCAGCCCGCGUCCGUGGACAGGGUCACGAGCGCUACUUCCUGCUGGUGGUUGACGACUACUCGCGUUACACCACAGUCUUCCCCUUGCGCAGCAAGGGUGAUGUCACUGAGGUGUUGAUCAACUGGAUCCGCGCAGCUCGUCUCCAGCUCAGUCAGAGCUUCGGCUCAGACUUUCCUGUUCUGCGUGUGCAAUCUGAUAGAGGCGGAGAGUUCUCCUCUAGCCUUCUGCGAGCCUACUGUCGUGCACGAGGCAUCCACCAGACCUUCACGCUUCCGGACUCUCCACAGCAAAAUGGGAUUGCUGGGCAUCGCAUUGGCAUGGUCAUAGACGUCGCUCGUUCGUCCAUGAUGCAUGCGGCUGCCCCCCAUUUUCUGUGGCCGUUUGCGGUUCGCUACGCGGCGCAUCAGAUCAACCUUCAGCCCAGGGUCUCCAUGCCAGAGACCUCCCCGACUUUGCUGUGGAUCGGGAAGGUUGGCAAUGCGUCUGCGUUCCGGGGUGGCAGUUCUACCACCCCACCUCUCGCCGUGUUCUGUCCUCUCAGGACGUCACAUUUGACAAGCCGAUCCCCUACUACCGCCUCUUCCCCUACCGCACUCCGCACUCCGUCCCUCCCCCCGCCACCGCUCUUCCUUGUGCCAGGUCCCCCCCCAGUAGACCCCCUCCCCCCUCAGGGUCCUGCCCCUUCAGGUGCAUCCCAGGUAGACGCAGUCGAGCCUGUCGAGGUUGCUGGUGACUCUGGUGCUGCUGAGGGUGCUGAGCCUGAGGGUGCUGACUCUGGGGGUUCUGAGCCUGAGUGUGCUACUACUGGGGGUGCUGGGCCUGGGGGUGCUGAGCCUGGGGGUGCUGCGCCUGGGGGUGUUUCGACUGGGGGUGCUGAGCUUGGGAGUGCUACGACUGGGGGUGCUGAGCCUGGGGGUCCUACGCCUGGGGGUGCUGCGCCUAGGGGUGCUACGACAGGGGGUGCUGAGCCUGGGGGUGCUACGCCUGCGGGUGCGGAGCCUGAGGGAGCUGGGCCUGCUCGUGUCGCGUCUGGCGGUACUGUGCCUGGAGGUUCUCCCUCUCUCCACAGGAGCUGCACGAGUGGUUUGCCCGGCGCUGGAGGCGUGGUGCUGGAACUGGAGGUUCUUCGGCUACUGAGGGUGCUGCUGUCGCGGGUCCCGGAGGUGCUCGUACUGGGAGUACUGGAGCUGUUGGGCAUGCGAGUACGACUGGAGCUGGAGCUGCUGAGGGUGUUGGUGCUGAGGCUGCUGCUGGAGGUCCUGGAGCUACUGGAGCUGCUGGGGGUACUGGAGCAGGAGGUGCUGCUGGCGCUGGUGCUACCACUGGCGGUACUGUUACAGCCCGCCUCCCCUCUGCCUGCUCCUUCUCCAUACACUGGUCCUACUGGAGGUCUUGCUGAGCGUCGUGAGCCUGUGUCUUGCCCUGCGUCGCGUGUCCGUCCUGCUCGCGCUAGUGGCCGUGGUUCGCAUCAGCGUCCUCCUCUUGUAGCUGGCAGGCACCGGAUGUCUCUGCGUCCGUCCACUGCUCCUCUGCGUGCCCCUUUGCCUUCUCCUGAAUCCUCUCUUCCUGCUCUUGCCGACCCGGAGUCGGACUCUCUUCGUGCUGCCAGUCCUACUGUCCCGCGUCUCCUUGCUAUUGUCGUCACUGACCCUUCCUUUGAGUCCACUGCUGCGUCUGCCCUUGUUGCUGAGCCCGUCGAAUUUGCUGCUCGCUGUCCUCUAGACUACGCUGCUAGUCUUGUCGCUGAGUCUGAGUCUGCCUGUCCUCCGUCCGUCGGGGGUGAGUGUGCCCUUGGCACGGACGUCCUUGAGGACAGGCAGGAGGAGUUAAAGUGUUUGGCUGCUGCUUCACCUCAUCUCGUGUCCGUACUGCUUACCCCGGAUGCACUUGACAUCCCGACUCCGCGCUCUUACGCGGAGGCGAUAGAGGGUCCCUACUCCUCUCAGUGGCAGGCAGCUAUGGACACAGAGAUGGCUUCUUGGAAGUCCACAGGCACCUACGUUGACGAGGUUCCCCCGCCUGGGGCGAACAUUGUCAGUGGCAUGUGGAUUUUCAGGGUGAAGCGGCCGCCGGAUUCUCCGCCUGUCUUCAAGGCGCGUUACGUGGCUCGUGGCUUCAGUCAGCGGCAGGGAGUUGACUACUUUCAGACCUUCUCUCCCACCCCGAAGAUGACCACUCUUCGGGUACUGCUACACGUAGCUGCGCACCGUGACUAUGAGCUGCACUCUCUUGACUUCAGCACUGCUUUCUUGGAGGGCAGCCUGUACGAGGACAUCUGGCUGCAUCGCCCAUCUGGCUUCACUGGGUCUUUUCCUCCUGGCACCCAGUGGAGCCUCCGGCGGCUAGUCUACGGUCUCCGCCAGGCACCGCGUGAGUGGCACGACACACUGAGGACUACACUUGCGGCUCUUGGGUUUGCUCCCUCUACUUCCGUCCCGUCGCAGUUUCUGCGUACCGACACUUCUUUGCCGCCGUUCUACAUCCUCGUGUACGUCGACAACUUGGUCUUUGCCACAGCUGACACUGCUGGACUCGCCCACGUGAAGUUCGGGCUGCAGAAGAGACACACGUGCACAGACCUGGGUGAACUGCGAAGCUACCUUGGCUUGCAGGUCACCCGGGACAGAGCACGUCGCACCAUUACCCUGACUCAGUGUGAGGCUGAGAUCUACGCAGGAGCCAUGGCUGCACAGGAGCUUCGCUGGCUCACCUAUCUGCUGACUGACCUCGGAGAGCCGCCUCGUUCUCCUCUAGUGCUGUACGUAGACAACAAGGCCAUGCUGGCCUUGUGUCGAGAGCAGAGACUGGAGCACAGAACAAAGCAUAUUGCUCUCCGCUACUUCCUUGCUCGUGAGCUACAGCAACGUUGUCAGUUGCGGCUUCCGUACGUGGCCUCUGAGGCCAACACUGCUGAUAUCUUCACCAAGGCACUUGCGCCUUGUGAUGAUCAGCGCUUGUGUACUCAGCUGGGUCUUGUACCUACCUCGCCUCACUUGCUCACCCCUUGA